AUGUUCGCAGCAUUUGCCAAAUACGAAAAAGAGUUAAUCUCGACGUUUCGCGUUCAAUGGAACUUUUUAUAUGUACAAAUUGAAGGUGUUCCGUUUCAGCGUGCUGACUUGCUGAUCGCACUUGCUGAGCAAUGUAAAAAGAAACUGUUGAAACGAUUGGAUAUGGCGCAUAAAUGGUUAGUUAUCGGCGGUGUCUCGAUGAAUAAAGUUCAUUAUUUUAGUUGUGCAUAUUGUUGGGCUACAAUUAGAAUUGCUCCGAAGAUGAAUGUUCGUAAAUGGUUCCGAAAAAUACCACUGAAUAUUGCAGCGAAUCAAAGCAACUAA